AUGGCCGACACGGACGAACAGCCCUCCAAGCGGCGCCGUCGCAGCCGCCGGGCCCCGUCCGACCGCAAGUUCGAAUGUACCCACGAGGGCUGCGGCAAGAGCUACUCGCGCGCCGAACACCUCUACCGGCACCAGUUGAACCACACGCCAAAGCAGAUUUUCCGCUGUGAUUUCCCCAACUGCUAUCGCUCGUUCGUCCGCCAGGACCUCUGUAUUCGCCAUCGCGAGCGCCAUACCACCCGCGGCUCCCAGCUGCAGAAGCGCGACUCGUUCGCAACCGACGGCCACGAUGAACCCUCGAAAGCGCUUAUACCAACCUCGUCGCCGUCGUCCCCCUCGAUGACCCCCGCCGAUUACCCCUUCAUGACCGAACCCCCGACCACAAGUUCCAAAUCCCCGCCCAGUACCCAUUACCCGCUCUCGACCGGCAUCGAGACCGCCGGCGUCCCGGUCUCGGGAUACACAGACUUCUCCGGCGUGAUCAGCCAACCAGACACCAUGCUCGAUUUCGACUCCAUGUCCAAUGCAUAUCCAAUCUUCGGCGGCGAGACCUACAACCGCUCACCGUUUGCGAUGGCGGACGAUUUUGCGGCAUGGCUGUUCAGCGAGCCUCUCGCACCGUUGGGCUACGGCAUGAUGCCCUUUGUCCAAAACCAGUUUUAUGUCAAUGAGCCAAACUAUAAUAAUUUCUGCACGGUUAUCCCGCAGCAUCCUAUGAGCGUGACGAGCAUUCUAGACUCCGGCUCUCUGCCAGCAAUUAUCUCGGAGCAAAAGCGAAAGGAAUUACUGCGGUUAAUGGCGACACGGUUUAACGAGGCGGCAUACUCGACCGAUACGAAGCGCAAGGAUGCGCUCAUGGAUGGCGAUCUGGACAAUGAUCGUCAUGUACUGAGUCUGCGCAUGAUGCAGACCUAUAUCGGGUCCUACUGGUAUCAUUUUCAUAACCAGCUACCUAUCCUGCACCAGCCGACUUUUUCAGCGGAUCGAACCCCGAACCUAUUGUUGCUGGCCAUCAUGGCGAUUGGGGCGGCGACGUUGGAUAAGAUCCAUGGACAGGCGGCCACCGAGACGGCCGCGGAAUUGGCGAGCUUCAUUGCGUGGCAUCUGCGCUGGGAAAUUUUUAUGGAUGCGGAUUUCAGACCCCCGGCCAGACUGUGGGUGUUCCAGGCUUUGCUAUUGCUCGAGGUUUACGAGAAGACUUUCUCUACACGAGCACUGCAUGAGCGCGCUCACAUUCAUCACGAUACGACUUUGACUCUGAUGCGCCGCGGUAGUUCACUCAUCGGCCGAUCGUCUUUUGACUCACCAGAUACGAAGGAGGAGGAUGAAUCGUGGUCUCAUUGGAUCAAGGCGGAGGCAACUCGGCGCGUGGCUUUUGGAGCAUUCGUGCUGGACUCGACACAUGCUACGAUGUUCGGACAUUCGGCGAAGAUGGUAGCACAUGAAUUGCGGUUACCACUCCCCUGCGACGAGGCGCUGUGGGCUGCUACCAGCGCCGCUGAGGUCGCGCGAGUCCAGUCCAGUCUGCAGUCUCACGGAGUCCGCCCCGUCAUGUUCCUGGAUGGAUUGAAACGCACACUGAACGGCCAGCCCGUCCGCACGAACUCGUUCGGCCGGAUUAUCCUGAUGGCAGGUCUGCUGAGCGUUAGCUGGCAUCUGAACCAGCGAGAUCUGCAAGUCAGCUCGCUCGGAGUUGGACAGACCCUUGGUGGACGAGAUAAAUGGCGGACCUCCCUACUACGCGCCUUCGACAACUGGCGCCGGGACUUCGACGAGGCCUUGGGGUCGGCCACAACAACGGAGUCAGAGUCCCGCGAUGUGCUGCAUGGACUGGCGCACAUGGUCUCACAUGUCGACAUCGUGGAUCUCCAGAUCUUCGCCGGCGCCGGCCGCCUCAUGGGUCGGUCUAUUACGGCGCGAGACUAUUGCACCGCACGCGAGAAGACAGAACGCUGGGCCACCAAGGCCUCGGCGCGCGACGCGACCUUUUAUGCGCUGAAGUUCCUCAACGCGUGCUUUUCGGACCCCGAUCUGCAUUCUAGCGACUACACUGCCCGUGACGACUACCUGCUGAACCGGCCCUGGGUUAUGUACUUCGCGGCGCUAGUUGUCUGGACAUACGGCUUUGCCCUGGACGGCCCCCUGCGCCCCUCGCCUGCACUCCUGACACAUGCCGAACGGCGUCAAGACAUGCAGCAGUUCUUGAUGCGAGUGGAUGGACUGCGCGAGCCGAAUGAAUUGGAGGCGAUGAAGGGGCGGAACAAGUGCUUGGGGCUGCUGAUGAUUUUGCGGGAUUCUUUCGGGAAUUCGCGCUGGGAGUUACUGGGCGAGGCGGCGGCGCUGCUGGACAGCUGCAUUGUGAAGCUGCGGUCGUGA